AUGUCAGCCAUGUCAAAUGUGGAGGUUUCACCCCAUUGCAUGUUUCAAACUGCAAACCAAAAUCGAUUCACUAUUGCUACCAUGGUUAAGUGCCCAUCCUCUCUUGGGUCUAUGAAGAGUGUUUCCCGAUCUUUUAGCUUGAAAUCAUCAUCUUCAUUUCGAGUGAAUGCAAUUGAUGCUUACAAGGUUAAGUUGAUUGGUCCAGAAGGACAAGAACAUGAGUUUGAGGCACCUGAUGAUAGUUGCAUCUUAGAUUCAGCAGAGAAUGUUGGAGUUGAACUUCCUUAUUCAUGCCGAGCCGGAGCAUGCUCUAUCUGUGCUGGGAAGAUUGUUUCUGGUUCAGUUAAUCAAUCUGAUGGCUCAUUCCUUGAUGAAGAUCAAUUGAAGGAAGGUUUUGUGCUAACCUGCGUCUCCUAUCCAACUUCAGACUGUGUUAUUCAUAUUCACAAAGAAGGCGAGCUCUACUGA